UGGAGCCUGCUCCUCCCCAUCAUUCUCUUCAUACUGGGUGUCUGGGGCCCUGGCAGUGUCGUGGGGGCGUCCUGAGCAGAAGCAGGGUUUGAGGCCACGGCUGCUGCUGCCUUUGCCGCCACCACCGCAGCCCUGGUGGGGAGCACCCCUGAUCAGUGAGCCCCCUCCCUGCCCUCCCUCCUGCACUGUCAACCAAGGCCCUGGGGUGGUCUGGCCAGAGAGGCGCAUGGAAAGGCCAGGCGGUGGUCAGAGAGGAGGGGUAUCCUGGCCUGGGAGAACGAUGAGCUGAGAGAGCGAGGGGGAGAGGGAGAGAGACCUUCUCUGAUCUCGGAAUCACCAGACCGGGCUCCUUGAACUCCUGCUGUGAAAUACUCAGGAGUAGCCGUCUGUGAGUGGACCCCCCCGGGCUGGUGAGCCGCCUGCCACCCCAAAGCUCGGCUCGGAGCCAGAGUGGCAGGGGCUCUGCGUGCACCGCCCGCAUGGAAGCCAGGAGCGGGGCUCCCGGGAGGCGGCCGUGCCUGCCUGCCAUCGCGCUGCUGGCCCUCGCCCCUCUGCUCAGCUGCCUGCUCCCCUCCAGCGAAGCCAAGGUCUUCAGCCGCUGCGAGCUGGCCAGAGAGCUACAGGACUACGGUCUGGACGGCUACCGGGGGUACAGCCUGGCCGAAUGGGUCUGCCUCGCUUAUUUCACCAGCGGCUUCAACACGGCCGCGGUGGACCACGAGGCCGACGGAAGCACCAACAACGGCAUCUUCCAGAUCAACAGCCGGAAGUGGUGCAAAAACCUCACCCCGCAGGCCAUCAACCGGUGCCGGAUGUACUGCUCUGAUUUGUUGAGUUCUGACCUCAAGGACACUGUUAUCUGUGCCAUGAAGAUAGUCCAAGAGCCUCUGGGUAUGGGCUCCUGGGAGGCCUGGAGGCAUCACUGCCAGGGCAAGGACCUUGCGGACUGGGUGGAUGGCUGUGACCUCUAGGAUCCUCUCUGCAUGGACCGGACCGGACCCAGCAGGCUGGGAAAUGCGGUUUGGUUUUCGACCCAGGUGUGGGAAGACGAGUCAAGUAAUAAAGUAUAGUUUAACGUUAA